UGUAGACAUUGGUCAGGCUCUUAAAAUGUUGUUGAGAGGCAACCAUUAAGAUAAAUGGGGGUUUGACAUGCUUGUAGAGGAAGAGAUGACACACUCAACCGACAUCGAUCGACAAUUACGGACGGAAGAAUCCAUAGAUGUGUGAAGGCGAUGUGGUCACGCGAAACUUUAACGUUCUUUUGAGUGACUCAGUAACGAUUUUGGAUUUGUUUCUUAAUUAUUAGCGGGAAAAACGAAUAUAAAAUGGCUUCUAGAUCGGGUUUGCCAGGUUUUCCCGUAAACCCCAGCACCCCAAUAAACCCCGGCAUGAACCCCAUGAACCCGGGUCACAGCAGCGCCAUGAGAAUGGGAGCGAUGCCUCAGAAUUCACCCUACAGAGGGAUGGGCAGCACCCCGAACCAAUACCACCAACGCCCGAGUAUGUCACCCAGCCGAGGAAUGCCAAUGGGGGGCAUGGGGUCUAUGGGUUCCCCUCUACCUGGUCCGUCUUAUAGCGGAGCCAUGCCUAUGCGACCCGGAAUGCCUCAAGCCGCGAUGGACCCUGCCCGGAAGAGACUCCUUCAGCAGCAACAACAGCAGCCUGGAGGUCUUAUGGGUCCAAGAAGGGGGGUGAAGAGGCGUAAGAUGGCUGACAAAGUCCUCCCACAAAGGAUCAGGGAUCUGGUCCCAGAGUCUCAGGCUUAUAUGGACCUUCUGGCCUUCGAGAGAAAGCUGGACCAGACCAUUGCUCGCAAACGAAUGGAGAUACAGGAGGCCAUCAAAAAGCCCAUUACGCAAAAGCGCAAAUUGAGGAUCUACAUUUCUAACACCUACACGCCUGCCAAGCCAGAAGGGGAGGAGGCUGAAAAAGUGGCAUCCUGGGAACUUCGAGUGGAAGGCAAACUUCUGGAGGAUCCUGGAAAACAGAAACGAAAGUUUUCAUCUUUUUUCAAAAGCCUAGUCAUUGAACUGGACAAAGAACUUUAUGGCCCAGACAACCACUUGGUGGAGUGGCACAGAAUGCCUACAACUCAGGAGACAGAUGGAUUUCAGGUGAAGAGACCAGGGGAUGUGAAUGUGAAAUGUACUCUCCUUCUCAUGCUAGACCACCAGCCUCCGCAGUAUAAGCUGGAUCCACGUCUGGCUCGGCUGUUGGGCGUCCACACUCAGACCCGAGCCAGUAUCAUGCAGGCCCUGUGGCUCUACAUCAAAAACAACAAGCUCCAAGACUGCCAUGAGAAAGAGUACAUUAACUGCAACCGGUACUUCAGACAGAUUUUUGGCUGCCCCAGGAUGAGAUUUUCAGAUAUCCCCAUGAAGCUUGCCAGCCUCCUUCAGCACCCCGACCCCAUCGUCAUCAAUCAUAUCAUCAGUGUGGAUCCCAAUGAUCAGAAGAAGACUGCAUGCUUUGAUAUCGAUGUUGAGGUAGACGACCCUCUAAAGGCUCAGAUGACCAGCUUUCUGUCAUCCACAACCAAUCAGCAGGAAAUUACUGCCCUGGAGAUGAAGAUCCAUGAGACUAUUGAAUCCAUCAACCAGUUGAAGACCCAGAGAGACUUCAUGCUCAGCUUCAGUAACAACCCGCAGGAGUUCAUCCAGGACUGGCUCAAGUCUCAGAGCCGAGACCUCAAAUUAAUGACAGACACUGUGGGAAAUCCAGAGGAGGAGAGAAGAACUGAGUUUUACCACUCACCCUGGGUCAAAGAAGCUGUUGGACGCUAUGUAUUUUCAAAGGUCCAGCAGAGGAGACAAGAAUUGGAACAGGUACUGGGAAUCCGACUCACUUAAGAGGAUUCAGACUCUGAAUCCACAGUCACCCAAGGAAUUGGCUCAACAAAUACAGAUGAGAAGCCUUAUGUAGAAGUUUUGGGUGCUGACAUUAUUUGGUACAUUGCACUGCCAUAAACAGCUUAUCAGUUGCAGCGUUUGUACCAAUAAACGCAUCUGGCCAUGUAAAUUUCAAA